AAAUAUAUCAGUAAUUAAUAUCGAAUCUUUGUAUUGUUAAAUCAAUUGCCUAAAGUUAAAAUGCUGCUGUUGUCAUUAGUUCUAUCAUUUUUAUUGAUGUACCAGGGUAAUUGUAUUUUUUUAGAAAAGUAUACCUCAGAUCCCGCGAAUUUUGUCAAAAGUGUAUUAAAUAAAGUUAAUAGAAGUGAAAUAAGUUUAGAAUCCGAAUGUCUUUCACAGCUCGGCCAAUUCGUGGAUAACUUACAAAAAUUCGAUGAUGGACUUUGGGCGUUACGAAUGAUUGACGCCACCGCAAAAUGGCCAGCUGGGAUAGCUAAAAUAAAUUGGGCAUGGCUUGGAAGCUUUGACGAAUGUUUGGAAAUCGAAAGCAAAGCAAAAGAUGUUCGAGGAAGCUACUGCCUUAUAUCAAUCAGUCUGGAAAAAUUAACAACGAUGACAUUAAGGGGUGUCGAACGACAACGACUGAUCGCUGAUCACAAGAGAAAAGGUCGCGAAUUUUCCAAUACAUCAGUAGUUUCCUUUUUGCCUUCCUUUGGUAUUUGUGUUCCAAAUAAAAUGUACUAGUGACAUAGAGUCAAUUAUUGAUGCGUUUGAUGAUUUCACUUCCAUGCCAUUUGAUGUGAUGUGUCAAACAAAAGAUGACAAUGUAGAAAUAGAUAUAGGAGCCAUAAUUACAAUAGGAUUCUUUGGAGCAUUUAUCGCUCUAAUGUUAUUAUCUACAGCAUAUGACACAUAUUACCAAUUUCAAAAACAAGGUAAGUUGA